GUUAGUCCUAGUCCCUUUGCCCGAUAACACUCACACCUGCUAGCACUUGCAGCAAGACGGGUUGGAUUCCAACAUAAUUUCAUUGGCUAAUGAUAAGGUGGACACCGCAGUGACUAGCAACUAGCAGAUAGCAGCGUAGUGUGUCAGUCUGUAUCUCUUUGUCAGUGAGUGAGCGUCAAGUUAAGCUGUUGCAUUGAGACGCGUUUUUCCUUGGUGACUGCUUCUGAACUUUCCUCAGUGCGAGUCUCCCCAAGUGCACAGCGCUCAGUGCACAAGACAACCACCAAUCAGCGGCUGGUGUGCGCGCGCGUGUGAGUGUGUGUGUGUGUGUCAGGUGCGAGCUGCACCGGCCACCCUCCCUACCUGUCUCCAGGCCGACCCUCAUCUGUCCCCUCGAAGCGGCGGUGGAGUCCCGCCGAGUGCCCGACGGAGGCGGAGCGGCUCCUGGCGGCAUCUUGGGACGAGGAGAGAACAAUGGGUCGGCGGCCGGCCCGGCGAGAGCGCACGAGGGACAAGCAGUAGCAUCCCGAGGGCGGCGGUGGCGGCGGAGGAGGAGGAGGAGGGCUCAUGCACGCGGGAGAGGAGGAGGAGGAGGAGGCGGCGGCUUGAUCACGUUUUCACCUUGGCUGACGAAGCCGCACUCGCUGCUUUCUCUGCGUCGAAGACGGUGAGAAAUGAUGUCGGCUGCGCUCAUGUGAGUGUGGGCGCCUCGCGGCUGCGGUCGGGCUGCCGCCGCCUCUCGCUGCUCCUCACAGCUAAUACAGGCCCCUCUGGCCUCGUCGGAAGCACGCACGCACGGCCAGACAAGCUGUUGACUGUCUGCGAUUGCAGUUAGUGACGUCGGCGCCCGGCUUGUCACUCGCGCGGGCGGGAGGCCAAGCGCAAGAAAUCGGACAUCACCUACGCCACCAAGUGCAGCCCGAGACCUUGACAAUUAACCCAGUUUACCAAGUCGCGGACGUCCCUUUUCUUCUUCCUUCUUCCCCCCCCCCACUUCCCCGUCUACUUGCCUCCCCCGCUCUUCCUCCUCCCUCGCCCCCUACUCCUCCUCCACUUCCACCCGCCUCCCCCGCCUCCCCCGCCUAAGCCAUGCAGAUAAUCAACAAACCCGAGGAGUUCUUCUCCGGGGCUGGCAACGCUUACACGUGCAAGGGGUGGCGGCGCUCCCCCCUUCUCGCUCCUCCUGCUCCUCGCGCUGCUCCUUCCCCUCUUGCUCCUCCACUCCUUCCUUCUCAUCUCCCCCCUCCCCUGCUCGCCCCCCGCCCCCACGAGGCCUCUCCAGCGCCCCCUCUAUCCAGCUACGCCAACACGCCGUCUCCUGCCCCCCCUCCGAGCGGCGCCGAGGCAGGCCACCGCCACCGCCGCCACCUUGCCGCCACGUCCGAGCUGUGUAAUUAUGCCUCGUUUCGCCGUAGUGCAAUGUCACCGCCCGGAUAUAUCACUCACGCGCCGUACUUCGCGACCGAGGCGCCCUCCGGUCAUCGCCAACUUAGAGGUCCGGACGGCAGUGACGUAGGAGUGGCCAGCGGCGGCAGCAACAGUGGCGGAGGCAGCGCGGGCGGCGGUGCAACAGCCGUGGGCGUUGCCAAGAUGUCGGCCGUUGCAAGAAAUACAGCCACCUCCAUGCCCUCCAGUGGGGACACUCCCUCCAGGAAACCUGUGCGCCUGUGCCAGGUGUGCGGAGACAUUGCAAAAUCGCUGCACUUCGGCGGCCUCUCAUGUGACUCGUGCAAGGCGUUUUUCCGGCGCUCCGUCCAGAAUGACGCCUACAAGCACUUCCGCUGUGGGGGGGACCAGAAGUGCGCCAUCUCCAUUGCUUCAAGGAAGUUUUGUAAAUAUUGCAGGUUUGCAAAGUGUGAGAGCAUCGGUAUGACAAAGUCAUGGGUAAUGAGCGAAGAUGAGAGACUACAGCUGAUGAAGACACGCCUCACCAAACGGAUGAUGUACCAGCAGGGCGGCUCAACUGGGGGCUCAGGUGGUGGGGGCAGUGUGGGUGGAGCUGGAGGUGGUGGAAGGGCAUGCAGCACUGCAUCCAGUGGUGUCAUGAAGGAUGCCUCCUCGCCCUACCACACUAAUGCCUCCUCCAAAACACAAGUGUCACGCUACCAACACAACACGAAUCCCUCACCCACUUACCACCCGCCCACACGCCAGGUGGACCUUGGCUCCUCUGGGUCCUCUCCAAACAGCUCUCCGCCCACACCCGUCUCAGGACCCCUCACGCCCAUACAGUAUGGGCCAAUCCCACCUAAGGUGAUGCAGCAGUGUGGCACCAAGGAAGAGAGUCCUGACAGGAGCCUUGGCAGAGGCAUCAAGAGGGAAAGUGAUGAUGAGGAAAUGAGGGUGGAGCGAGUGUUCAACCCAGCAUCGCAGUACCUGAAUGAAAGCGAGGUCGAUAUGCUAACCCGUGUGAUCAGCAACAUCAAGCUGGUUGACCAGCAACUGCCCUACACCAAAAACACCCCUGCUGAUGUGAUGUCCAUCUACAAACGCUUUGCUGAGAGAUUGACACGGUUCCUCAGGCAGUUCCCAGAGUUCAACAAUCUCACACCCAUGGUCCAAGGAAUGGCCAUCAAGAAAAAUAUCACAGUCAUUGCAUUGGUGUUUGCCUCCAGCUUUAUCAAUGAGGAAACUGGCAGCUACAACAAUAUCCACUCUCCAGCUCAGCCCAUGGUCACCAACAUGAAUAUGAUUCAGAAAGCAAUGUCCCCUGAAGUUUUUAGCAAAUUCAGAGAGAUCCUGGGCUCUCUCCGACAGUACAAUGUGGAUUCCCGUAUGGCUUAUCUCCUGGUCCUGAUCAUUGUGUUUAACUGUGAUGGCCAGGAUUCCACAAGAGAGAAUUUUCAGCGGAUUCUGCAGCAGUACAUUUUGUGGAAGUAUGGUGAAGUGUCAGGGAAACCUUUGUUUGAGGGGUUGAUGCGAACCUUACAGGCUGUCAGACGCCACUCUGAGCUGUUUGAGAACAUGUCUGUCCAGCGCCGGAACCUGAUGUGUGCAAAUAUGCAGAACAACAUAAGGCCACAAAUAACCGCUGGGCAUAUCAACCAGUGCCGCCAGGACCUCAGCCUCUCUGAUCUGGAUGUGAAGCAUAAAGUUGACUCACUGACUGGAGAACAGAUAAGACAGAUGUUAAAUGGAAUGGACAUUGAGCAAAUGAAACAGAUGCUGCAAGGCAAUGGGUUAGAACAGAUGAAGCAGAUGUUGCAGAACAUGGAGGCUGAUCCUUCAUUGACAGAAAUGGUUGCAGAAGGCAACAACCCUUUAGUCCACUCACCACCAUUGCACUGUAACUCCCCCCAGAGUAUGGUCCAGUCCCCACACAGUUUACUCCAAUCCCCACACUCCAUGCUUCCCUCACCACACAGCAUGAUGCAGUCUCCCCAGAGCAUGAUGCAGUCACCACAUAGCAUGAUGGACUCUCCCCACAGUAUGAUCCAGUCUUCAUCUCCAGGCAUGAUGCAGCCCUCCAACAUGAACCAAGGUGUUCCCACCAUGCUAGACAUCUCCCACAACCUGAGCCAAAGCCCAAAUGCUACUGUGUCUCAGAUCAUCAAGAGUUCAACCAAUCUACUUAAUAACUACCAGGACAUGAAGCCUCCAGUGUCCUUCAUGAAUUCCCCACAGUCACUUGAGUUGUCCCAAAGUCCCAUUGAACUGCCAAGUCCUUCAUCACACUCCAUGAAUCUGGCUCCUUCACCUGCUCCUUAUAUCCCAAACCAGGAAAGCUACAUUGUUGAGCAUCACCCAACAGAGCCUUCAUACCCAGACCACUGCCAGUCUCCUAUCGGUGACACAGGAUACCUUAACCCACCCUCAUAUACCCAGACACCGUACAGCCCUGCUCCGCUCUCAGACCAGUACAGCAACACGUAUCAGCCCUUGUUUUCACCCCUGCCAUACAAGGAUGACGGCCAGAGUAUCAGCAGUGGCAGUACUGCCAGCAGUAGUGGGGUUGGACUGAGCCUCACCUCAAGUCUGACAUCGCCCAUUUCGUCCCUCCUGACAUCCCCGACCCCCUCCCAUUCCUCGCUCCAGGAGUCGGAUAAUAGCUUGUCAAACUACCAAGAGCCUGAACAUGGUAACUCUCUCGGAGCUGCUCCUUAACUCCAAGGUGUUUAGAGACUUCAUAUGUGACCAUCAUAUGUGUAUUCCAAGCGAGUUCCUGCUAUAGGUUCCGGCUGUAGAGAUCAUUACUAGAUAAUGUUAAUUGUUGUAGCUUAGAGCCAAUGUGACAUUUAUCAUAGAGUGACCUCAUCUCGCAUACUGCCCAAAUCCUCGCUCUAGAAGUUUCAUGUGCAAAAUUCUUAUUUUUGAUGUCAAAAGGCAAAAAGAAUAAACUGAUCAUAAUUGCUGUGAAACAAAGUAGGAAUUUGCAUAUAAUGUUUCUAAGUGACAAUGAUUUGUACAAUAACCUUCCAAGUCCGGCCAUAAACUCACAACUGAAGUAUAUUGCAAAGAACUUGCAAAUAUGUACAGGUUCUCAUGUCUCAAGACAUUUGAGUUGAUGCUCCCAACUACCUACUUGUCUUCUACCUCACUCAACAGGUUACAUGAUUACAGAAAGUGUUAAUAUUCCGAUGAUUUCCUUGUUAUCGGUGUAGCUGUUUCCAGUCAAUACAGUGAAUGUGCUGAGCUUACCACUGCUGGGAUAUUUAGAUUAGUUGAAGUUCUGCUCAGCUCUAUAUACUUGCUCUGAAGAGAAAUAUUGCUAGCCUGGACACACAUCCUUGUGAGAAGUUGAAGUUUUGGCCACAGUCAUGUUGGGGUUUGGGAUCCAUGAUUGUUUAUAGAGUUUGACUUUCCCUUUCAUGAACUCUGUGAGGAGUUGAAACCUCUGUACAGUAAAAAGUUGUGUAAUAUGGACCAAUGCCACUGCAACAAGUGGUCUUGGUAGUGGAAUAUAGCUGUUGCAGGAUUUCUUUUUAUUUUGUAAAUAGUAUAUGCAAAUUAGACUGCAACAUUUUCAUGUAUGGCUGGAUCAGCCAUAUAGCAGCUGAAAGUGCAAGUUAAAGUAAUGAAUUUCUUGUCAAUUUUGAAGCUGCUCUGUUACGUUUGAGCACUGUUGUAUAUUGUGCUGGCAGACAAUGGUUAGCCGGGGACAGCAUGUGGAUGGAAAAUGAGAGAUGGACCUUGCUAACAUUUUUUUAUCAAUUGGCAGAAAACUUAAACUGUGAUAUAACUAUAUAUAUAUUUACAUUAAAACAUAAUUAAAAAUAAAACAAAGUACAUCAAAUUAUGUGUAUCCCUGCUAUUGAUUUUUGCCUAUGUCUAAAGGAAGAAAGGACAGGUAACCUGGAUUGCCCUGGAUGAUCCUUGUGACGAUCAUAGGCGGUCAGUGACAUAAAAUAAGAGUUUAAGCUAAUCAUGACGUGAUAUGGAUAAGCCUAAGAAAGAUAAUGUCCUUAAAAAACAUUAAUUAUAAUGAUGCUAAGGAAAUAGUCAUAGGAAAAAUAUAAUAUACUACAGAUGAAGGAAUAGAUGUGGAGAAAUCAGAAAGGUGUCCAAGCGUGGACAUUGACUUGUGAAAGGUUGUCAGCCAUACACGUACGUGAUGCCACACACAGAACAGCUUCUCAAGAUGGGAACGUCGUAGCCCCAUGUGGUCAGUACAGUUUUCUCGGGGAUUCAGGCACAAUUAUAAACUUUGUACUCGCUUCAUCACAUUUUUUGUGAUUAUGGGGCAUUUUGUAUGCAUUUUUAUCAUUUUUUAUAUGCUGUACAGUGUUUAUAAAUAUUAAUUGUGGCUAUCAUUGCUCAAGUUUUUACUGUAAUGGAGAGUACUCUAGCUUUAUAGACAAGAAGUAUUUAUGAGAAUUUUUUUUUUUUGCAUGGUUAGUUUAUCUUCUACCAAAAGAAGAGAAAACACCCAAGCAAGCCCCAGGUGGUAUAGAAAUGAGAAGAAAAAAGAUACAUAACUUCUGAAAGGAGUUGUAACAGGGUUUUUAUAAAGUAUUUAAUGAAAUCAGCAUUGGGGAGAGGUUUCUGUGGCUAAAAUUUCAGCUUGAGUUGUCCAACCACUCUAGCAAAAAAAAAAAAAAUAAUAAACAAAAUAAAAAUAUAGAAAAACAUUUUUUACUCACUAGUUUUCUGUUCACAAGGCCAAGGAUAAUGAGGGGGCAGCCAUUGAGAAGGCCAUUGGUCUAGACACGCGAAAAGAAAAGGAAAAAAGGCCGAGGGGAGAACGUGUUCCAACCCUUCUUCGUCCCAGCAAGACUUUUGCGAAGACAAGUGUAGGCCUUUGAAGAGCAUUGAAGCAGAUUUUAGCCCUGGAAAAAAAAAAUGAAACAAACAAAACCAUUUAUGGAAAAGAAAAGAGGAGAAAAUCAGAGAGAAAUGAAAGCUAAAAGUAAACAACAACAAAAUUAGAAAUAUAUUGCUCAUUAGCGCCACAUUCAAGGAAUGUGUGUGAAAAGGUAUUGACUUGUACUCUCUCUCUUUCGCUCGCCAGGUCACUGCAAGUAUUGUGAGAUUAGUAAUGAUACAAUAUCCCUUAGUGUAUUUGGGUCUGCUAUUUCGUUUAAAAAGGAAACAGACUUCAGAUAUGGUGCCAAGAGCCACUCUUUCACCGACACCCAGUCUCCAAGGCUUGUUGCUUGUCUCAGUGAGAUUAUCACCAAUUUUCCCCUUGUCCCUAUGUGAAGCAGCAGAUGCACUGUAACAGCAGCAGAAUUGCUCAUUUCACCAGCAAGAGCAAGUGAGCUUUGAGAUGGGAUGUGCAGUAGUCGUCCCUCAGACACCGAAACUGAACGGAAGGGAAGUGUCUCUCUGGAGCUGAGUCAGCCAACUUGCCUGGGUUUUGGGCCGAGUCAGGAUUGUGUGCAUGCUGGCAAGGCCUUGGGCAGAUGCGAACAGUACCAUGUGACAAGCUUGUUGUUCGUGUACAGUGUCUUGUGUUGAAUGCAACAUACUGAAUAGAUAAACCCUGCAUGUGAAUGGUUAGGAACAGUAGUCCAUCAGUCAGAAAGUAUCUAAAAUAAACUAGAAUGGUUAAGAAAUCCAAUUGUCUGAUGUAAUGACAAAGGCACGAUGAUGUUUCCCAGUUAAACUAUGUGGAUCGCUUGCAAAGGCAAGAAUAAAGCAUAAUAAUGUGUAUUAUUAUUACAUCGGCAUGUAUUUUGUUGGACUACUAUAUAUAAAUAUAUAUACAUAUAUCUAUUUUUUGCUGCGUGCAUUUGUUGUAUGUACAUUAUGAGCCACAGUGAUAGGCUUCCAUGGCAUUUUGAAAGACAGACUUAAUAACCCUACUUGCUUGUAAAUAUCAUAUAUAUUAGGAUUACAGUUUUAAUUGUCCACCUGGCCUGAGUCGUAAAGUAAAAAAACAGGUCAGUCUAAAAUCUCACAUGAAGUAAAGCUGUUCUGGUCCAACAGUGGAGUUGGAAGAUAAACUUAGGAUUAAAAAUGUCAUGUGAUACUGUCAAAAUUCCAGUUUUUCCAGUGCCAUGGAAAUCUAGCAAUGUGUAUCCAAUCUUGUGAUUAGAGUAGUUCACCAAAUUUAAGGUUUUAAGUCCUGUGGCUCACAGCAUAUGUAUGCAGUGCUGUUGUGCAACUUGAGCUCCAUGGGAUACAGAAAAAAAGAUGUAUAUGUUAUAUAUAUAUUUUCAAAAUUGGUGAAUUAACCUACAUCAUUGAGGUGUCUUGUUCCCUCCUUGUUAUUGAUCUACAGAAUGUGCUCAAUUAGGCUAACUGCUGUUGUCCUGCUGCCCUCAAGCACGCACAUCUUGGGACAUGUUUCCCCUGAUGUCACUGCCGGAGGGGAGACUAUGGUAACCCAAAUUCUUCAUAGGUCAAACUGGUCUCAUUACUAUAAUUAAUAUUAUUUUUCACGCAUGUCUUGCAACAUUUUAAAAAACAAAAAACUAUAACUUUCUGCAACAUAAAUCAUAUUCAGUGCUUUGAUAAAAGCUAAUAUUUUUUUGUCUUGUUAUAUAUAGGACAAUAAACUUUUUAAGUCGUGUCUGCAGCUUACGUGGCCUGAUCAUUUGCUGGUUGGAAAAGUGGAAUGCUAUACCAAAAGCAGUAACCUCUAUCACUUCCCGAAGCAGGCACUGAAGACAUACAUAGGAAAUGUGAUUGUUGCCCAUCUCUCCUGUGACAGGGACUCGUGAUGGAGACACACAAAAAAAUGUAUGAUCAGGGGAUGUAAGAAGCUGGUUAAGUGGUAGAACUCAAUUACAGAUUCAUAAGGAUCUAUUUUUUAAUUUUCUUUUUUAUUUAUUUGUAAUCCUGUUUAAUUUUUUGAUGGUUUCAUUUCCCAUGUAUAGCCAUGAUUAUAAGAUAAUGGCUCUAAAAGAAGAAUAAGAUUAGAUUUGUUUUUGAUGUAAGGAUUGUAAGUCUUUAAAAAAGGAAUGCAAACAGCCAUGGCUACGAAACAUCGAAUAAGAUUCUAAGUAGACGUAGGAUGAAGACAUGAUACAUGUUUUCGUUGCCUGAGUUUGUAUGCAUAUGUGUGGUCUAUUUUUGGACCGACUAGGCAGUUUGAACAGGUACAGGGACUGUACAAGUUCAAAUAUUCACUGUGAUUGUUGGGUAAGUGUUUUACAUGGGUGUGUUGGAAUAAAACAAGGGAAGAAAAUACCAAGAGGAAAAGGGAAAUGAUAAUUUGAUAAAGGGAGCAACUUGACUCAUAUUAACCAGGUAGGCAUUUAGUUACUGCAAGCGCCUGCCUGGUCGGUAUGUGGAAGGAACUGCACAUUCAAAUAGUUCUCCAAUCACACCCUGAAAGUAUUGUUACUAGCUGAGUAAGUCUGAAUGAGCACUGUGAUUCACCAGGUGAAGGUCACGCAAGCAGUGUUCCUGCUUGCGCCAUGUAGCUAAAAGCAUGCCUAGUGAGCAGUCCACGAGAACAAGAGUAAGGAUUAUUGAGAUGCUGUUACCUUCCCCUCUCCCAAAGAUACAAUGAACCUUGUCCGAGGUUUUGAAAUGGCACUUGAAGGCUGGCAUGAAAGGUAUAUAUAUUAAACAUAUAAAAAAUACACACAAAAAAAAUAAAAAAUAAAAAAAAAUAAAAAUAAAAAAACAAUGUUUAAAAAAGGACCUGUUUAACAUUUUUACAUUCAUUCAUGUAACAACUUUUAGGUAAGCAAACUGUGUAGAGAUUUUGAGAGAGUUUCAUGAGUUAUGUAAUUUUACGUAUAUGUCAUCACCUUAGAAUACACAUGACUAGUUCUAUGUCUUAAGGAUUCUUGCCACAUCCAGUAUUAAGAAGAGAGAUAGAAAACAAGAUAGUUAAAGUUAUUGCUAUCUCAUAAAUAACUAUAAAAAGAGGAAAAGAAAAUGAGAAGAACAAUAAAAAAUAUUAUAAACUGAUGUUAUGUGUGAACAAAUCUAAGAGUGGAUUAGUCAUAUAUACAUUGGUGGUGAUGGGAUGGUACAUGUUUUCCUGGACAUUAACACUCAAUCAGACUGAUAUAGAGUUGAUCUCAAAGAUGUAUAGUGCAUGUCUCUACCUUGUGUUAGCAGACCACUGUCUCUGUUAAGCAUCAUAUUUUUGCUUUUUCUAUAUAAAAUUCAGAAGGGCGAGAAAUUUAUUAAUUCAGAUAAAACUAAUAUUAAUUUUCUUAUAUUUGUAUUUGCAUUAGUCAGACAGUGCAAUCUGUUUUAUAUAAGUGUGUGGCUAAAACUCGCAAGAGUUGAGCACUAACAGACGAAUGUCCAAAUGUGUAUUGGUAUUAUCAUUUUCAUGUUCAAAUUCAUAAUCACUUAUCUCUUGCCCUUCCGAAAAAAAAAACAUUAGCUGAAAUGAAAUUCAUUAACUUCUUUACUUUUGCCAUAACCAAUUUGCCAAUUGGGAGGGGGCUGACAACUCCAUUCUUCAGUUGACUUACAAAAUAUAUCCCUUCUUCACCAAUCAGUAGUGGAAAUUGUACUAUACUUAGCAGCAGCUGCACACAGAUUCUCAAUAAUGUAAAGUUUUAUGAAGUUGGGGCACAUUCGGGUCUCUCUCUGCACUUGUUUAUUGUAGGUGACCAUUCUGUGUAAAUUUGAUUGUUACCACUAUUAAUACUAAUUAUUGUUAUUACUGGUAUACAUAAUCACCAAUUUAAAGACUUCAGUAUUAGAAAAAAAAACAAUAGUAACAAUAGUUGUGUAAAAGGAAGAAAAAAAAACGACAAUUUCAUAAUGAAUUAAGUAUCAAUUGGAAAGUAAUUUUUUAAAUGAAUAUAUACAAGUCUAAGUAUUGGAACUGGAAGACUGAAGACUAAGAGUUGAUGAUUAUAAGGAGAAUCAGCAGGUCUUCCCUCAACACUGGAAGGCCCAAGGAACUUCUGCUAGCAAGGCAACUGGUCAAGGUUUAACUGGCCAAGGAUUGAAAUGGCCAAGGAGGAGGUAACUGACUAAGGAUUUUUCUGACCAAGGAUUUAGCUGGUCAAGGAGGAAGUAACUUACCGAGGAUUUAACUGGCUGUAGAGGUAACUGGCCGAGGAAGAGGUGACUGGCUAAGGAGGAGCUGAUUGACUGGCAAGAGGGUCCUGGUGUCUCCUCAAAUGGGACGUGUUCGAAGGGGAAUGAACUACUGUGGGAAGUAUAGGGUAAAAGCUGUUUUUUUUUUUUUUCUUUUCUUUUCUUUUCUUUUCUUUCUUUAAUAAGGGGAGGAAGAUUCCAGGUGAAAAAGAGAUAGAAAAAGGAAGGAAGCAAGAAAAAGAAAAGCAUUGGGGGAAGACCACCAGCUCUUCCUGUGUCAUGUUUAAGACCCGAGGAAAAAUGUGCAUUGUGCGAUCUCGUUUGGAUUUUUUAUUUUCAUUUUUUUUUUUUUUUUUUUUUUUUUUUUUUUUUUUUUUUUUCAGGUUUGUACAUGGCCAGGUGUAUUCCCUCCUGGUAAUAACACGAUGCUCACAAGAUGCUCAUGUGUAUGUUUGUGUGUUAUAAAAUAGAAGCUACGUAUGUACAGGGCAACUCCUCUUAGUAAUAUUUUAUGAAUAAUACACAUAAAAUGUUUAACCGUGAUCCUAUGUUUGUUUAAUGUGUCAGGAAUCAUGAGUACGACAAUAGUGCUGAUGUAGGAAUGUGAUUUUUUUUUUUCUUUUCUUUUUUUUCUUUUUUAAUAUAGAUAAUAUUCAUGUAGGUAAUCACUAUGAGCGCCCUGGAUUGCAAAGUACAGUAAGAUCCUGUUUAAUCAAAUAAUGUGACGUGUAAGAAGGAAUUUCUUUGGUUUUCGCAGUGCUGACUCAGAGCACGAUGCACCAGUACCUCCUUCUCGCCCCAAGAGGAAGGUGCUGGCUUGGGAGAGCUCGAGUGGCUGCCUUCCUUGUUACAGAGAUUGUUUUUUUCUUUUACUUUGUUUUCUUUGUGAUGUGUGGGGCCCAGUGAAUUGUGGCUACUUGCAAUGUAAACUAAGAAGUGGCACUUUUUUUUUAUUAUCAUUGAUCAAUAUAUUAAUUUUUUGGCUCCUAGAGUAAUUAUCAUUGUAAUGGAUUAAAACCAUUUCCAGUAAGUCCUUGCUCCCCCACCCCCCUCCCUUUCAAAAAAAUUAUUGAACCGUUUUGUAUAUAUAUAAAAAAAGAAUCAUAAUCAUGACCCUAGUAACUACUUUUGUUGCAUGAGGUUCCUGCUGAAUAUUGGAUAUUGGGCAGAGCUGACGGCAGAGGUAUUUCAAGGUCUCCCUCACUGGAGAGAUAGGAAGGCACCACCAGGUGUGGUAGGCUGUGAUAUGACCCAGAUAUAAAGAAUGUAAAGCUACUUUUAUUAUUAUUAUGAUUAUUAAUCGUUUCUAUCAUUUAGUGUUUUUUGUGGUGGUAUGUAUCACUAUUAGGCUAGGUAAACCUCUUCAUCAAAAUGAGAAGGAAAUCCCUAUCUAAAAUUAGAUAUAAAUUAUAAUGUAGAUGGAUUGUGAUUUUGAAACUUAGGAAGUAAAACAGAAAAGAAUCAGAGGUUCGAGGAUUUAGAAUACCUUUUUAUAUUUCUGUUGUAUAUGUAUUGUCUUAGUGCUGCAUUUACUUGAUGCUUGUAGGGGGAAAAAUAAUUUUAUUAGUUUCUGGGAUAAUAUUGUAGGUAUUUGGUUAAUAUGCAUCGGAGUAGUUAUUUUCACCUUUCACUUUUUUUUUUUUUUUUUUUUUUUUUUUUUUUUUUUUUUUUUUUUUAAUAUUAUACCCUGUUUUUAUAUAGGUAUUAAGUCACAUUUUUUGUGUUGGUCUGCAUGCGUGUGGGCCAAAAAUCCAUAUGUAAGUAAGCUUCACAGCCUGCAGAAUGACACGAACGGCAUCCUCAAGCCCUGACUAAAUUUGCUUUGAAACAGAAUUAUGAAAGAAAACAAAAAAAUAUAUAUAUAUUGCUUAAGCAUAUAUAAAGGCACUUUUUUAUUUUGAAAAAAGUUCUUUUUUUUGGUACAAAUCACUUUAAAAAUAGAUUUAAAGAAAAAGACGGUCUCGUGCAAUAAUCAAAAAAAAAAAAAAAAAAAAAAAAAAAAAAAAAAAAAAAAAAAAAAAUUAAAAAAACAGUAACAACAAAAGACUGUUUAUUGUACUUCCUCCCGAUCAUAGACAAGCCCUGGGAUCAUGUAACGAAAGCUGGGUCCAGUGUGUUUGGAUGUGACGUCAUCAAAUUUGACGUCUUUGACUGUGACGUCAUUGUCCGCGACGAGAACACCCCCCCUCUCAACCACACAGUUUUUUAGUCCUCCCCCUCCAAUGUGCAUCUCCCUUCAUGCUCUCCAUUAUUCUUUUGUUUUAAUGCAUCUACAGAUAUAGCAGGAUUUUUUUUUUUUUUUUCCAACUCUCCAGUGUUUAUUUAUUUCAGUGAAAUCUUGAGGUACAAAGAAUUGCAGGUAAAUUUCAAUGAAUAUACAUCAUUAGUGUUGUACAGCCUAUUAUUUACUGUGGCCUGAUGCUCAGUGUUACUUAAACAUAACCAAUGUGACUAGGGUGAGAAAAUGGCUACAGGAUUUGGCCUUUUGAUUUAUCUUCAAUUCCCUAUACAUUCUUGAAAGUGACACAAGGAAAUUUGAAUAACUAAAAGGGGAGUUGGCAAGAUAAAUAAAAAAGGAAAAUAAAAGUAAGAAGAAUCCAAAGUCCUUUUCUCUCCCUAGUGGCUAAAAAUAGUUAAAAAGCAGGUUACAUAUGUAUCAUUUAUAAUCAGUUAUAGAAAGUUCUAAAAAGGGUGGAGCACAAGAGCAGCUUACAUGCAGCAUCAUAAAGGAAUCAUGAGCAUAGGACAGCCUUUCAGACAGUGCAUCAAACCUUGCUCAAAGUGCGUAUAUAGAUACUACCCGGUGCUUCCUGGCAGAGUUUUUGUCAGCUACAUAGAAAAAAAUACAAAAAAAAAAAAAAAAAAAAUUUCGUACUAGGUAUCCAUAAAUUAUGAUAAUUCCUUUUUUCCCCCUUUUUGAAGGAAUAAGUUGAAUUGUCACGAACCCCAGACACACUUAGGGAGAAUACUUACUCUCGCAUCAGCAUGGUUUGUCACCGCAGCCCACAGCCGUCUUAAAUAUGGCGUUUUUUUCUCUCUCUCUUCUCGCCUGCUCAAUAGUUGUCUUGGACCACAGAUUAACACUGGCUGAUUGUUUUGCUCAAUUCUGCAGUUAUUUGUGACAGGUUUUAGCUGUUUUGUUGGUCUUAGAGUAUCCACUGUUGCGUUCACUAAGAGAAUACCUGGUAGCUUGAGUGACAAAGCUUGAAUGUUUUUCUUUUUGAUUCAAGUGUAUUUAAAGCUUUCCACAAAGGCAAGUACAGACUGUCACUUUUCUAAACUUUUUUGUCUUCAUGUGGAAUUGAGGAAAUAUAUUGCAUACAAUAAUGCUUAUAAUAAAAGAAAGUUAUUUUUUACAAUGAUGAUAAAAUUCUAGAUAUACAGGUCUUGUUGUUUUCCACAAGAGUGUUGAUUCCUCUCAUUCUCAAAUACUGAACUUGUCAUAUAUAUUUUUGUCUUUUUACAUAUUUUAUCAUUACUGUUAUUAUUUUUUCUAAGCUAGAACUACGUAAGUAAAUGAAAAUCUUAAUGAUCAUUCUACCCAAGUCAUGUUUGAGUGUAAUUUCCACAAGCCAAACUUUGGAGAUACAUUUCACCUCAAAAGCGGUUUCUGUGAAUGUCCAGUUAUCUCUCAAAGAAAAUUGCGACUCCUUAGGAGACCUUUUGUGGUAGGAAAGCCAAUCUCAAACUUGUCUCUGGUAAAGUCAUGGAUGUUUCAUCAGAAGAAAGUAUAAUUGAUUUUAAUCCUUGAACGGACCCAUAAUUUUAGGAUGAAGUCCUGCUGAUCUGCCUGACACUUCAGGCAAGUUCACUCCUCAAUCUGUUUGGUAUCUAAACUUUUCCAACACAGCCAAGGUCUUUUGAUAAGGUCAUAUAAUAAGCCUGGGAUAUCUUUUUUGAGUAGUGCUUUAGCAAAACUUGUUAUGUAAAAAGGAAAAGGAAGAAUAGUAGCUCUUGUGUGAUGCUUGGCAGCUGACGUUGAGGCAUGAGAUGUAUUCAGCGUUCAGUAGUAAAGCUUGAUGUGUUUCUCAGUCUCUCGGUGAAAUGGAUAACAUGGGCUUGCAAGCUUAACUAAGUUUUUUGUCUUCAGAACUAAGCAUUACACUAGUUGCUACAUGGGCUUCAGUACUCCUCAAAAAAGCAACAGCAAUGCUCGGAAUUGGUAGCAUUUUAGAUGGACAUAACAUUCAUACAAAAAAAAAAAAAGAAAAAAAAAGAAAGAAUAUUAUGUCUCGCUCCCAAUUUUUUUUCUUUGUAUAUUCAGAAAUUGGCUACCAAUUUUUUGUCAUUACUAUUUUUUUAUACAUACAAUUACAGUUAUAAAUAUAUAUAAGACUGCCUGUUCAGGUACGAGUUUGAACUUUCAAUGCUGUAUGAAAUAAGUCAUUGAGAAUAUCACAACCAGUUAGGGAAUCAUAUGAUGUGUCUACCCUGAUGUCUAAGUGGAAAGCUCGGAAAAUUAUUUAUUAUGUGUUUACUGUAUAUAAUGAUUAUUUUAUGUAAAUUUUAUCUGGAUAGUCUCAAUAUUAUAUUUAUUAAGAUGGAUGAAUAAGUAUACUCCUAGAGUGCAAAGCAUUAUCAGAACCACAGAUAAUGUCUCAAUUUAUAAUAAAAUGUUCUAAAGUCUAA